AGAACAACAACAAAGCUUACAAAAUCUCCCGUGUUUACCGUGUCUGAAUAAACCGCGUAAACUAUCUAUAAACGGACAAGCAUGAGCACAAUGUGAGGGCCCCCCAAAUAAUAUGGUCAAUGCCCGUCGUCUCCUCGUCCUCAUGCUCAGUGUCUCCAUCAUAGCCUUCCUCUCCUGGUCGCACCCCGUCAGUGCCUUCAAGUCGUGGUCGCGCCCCGUCAGUGCCUUCAAGUCGUGGUCGCGGCGCCUGCAAGCCUACGCCACCGUCGACCUCUGCACAGAGCCUUGCUACAGCGAGAUCAUCCCCGGCCUCUAUCUCAGCAACGCGCGCGCGGCCGCCGACCAGGAUGUCCUCCGCAACCUCAACAUCACUCACGUGCUCACCAUCGAGAUACGCCGCCUGCCGAAAUCUACUUUCCAGGGUACCAACAUCAGCACCCUCUACAUUAGGGCCAACGACCUACCUUCCACCAAUCUGCUGCCGUAUUUCCCUAUGGCGCACCACUUCAUCGAAGAAGGCUUGCGAGUCGGGAACGUGAUCGUCCACUGCCACUUCGGGGUCUCGCGGUCAGCCACCCUUGUCAUCGCGUAUCUGAUGAAGAAGUACGACAUGACCUUCGAACAGGCGUUCGGCUACGUCAAGUAUCGGAGGAAUUUCGUGAACCCCAACUCGGGGUUUCGGGAACAGCUGCGGGAGUAUCGCGAAAUGAACUUCGAUGUGAACAGUUUCCAGCGGUUUGAAGCCUACAUGUCGGUGGCGGCGCGACGGCACCGGUACAAGAUUGCGUCCGCCGCCGCCGUUCUCGCCUCCAUUGUCAUACCCAUAGCUGUCUUGGUUAAAUAUUAUAACGUUAGUUGGAGAGAUGUUGUUUGCUCGGCUCGCAGUACGUUGUGUAUAAUCGUAAAUUACAUGAUGCCUCAGGCGCAGCCUUCACAAAAUUAAUAAAAAUAAGUAAUGAAAUA